UUACAUGUGAGCAACCCGACUGCCGCUCACGGGUUGUGAACGAAUUUGAGUGAGCCGCACGUGCGUCUACCACUUCAGUGGUGCGGUAACUGCGAUGGCGGCGCACGGAAUGAGUGGGGGGGGGCUGACGCACGUGCUUGUGCCACGUGGCAACGUUGCUGUGCGGCUACGGCAGUCCGGCUGCUGCGGCGAAAUCCGAUCCGUCGACUGCGCAACAGCUCAGGUCAAAUCACAGCAGACGGUGGUUAAAAACGAGCAGGUAAUGGGCAUAUCUUCCCUCUCCCAUUCUCAUUAUCGGCAUUGUCGUCGGUCAUCUGCUAUCUCCAGGAAUGGGAAGGCGAGUGAUGGGGGUGGUCGGUAUCUUACAGAUGUAUCUAGCCGAGAGCGAGACGGUUCGCACAAUCGCUGCGCAGGUCAGCGGCACGAUUGGCGCUCGUCUAGCAACCAGCUGUCGAACGGUGGCGCUUGUUUAGCCGAUGCGACUUUGUCAGGCUGGCAUCGUCAGAACGAAAACGAUGCAGGGCGGCAAUCCCGAGGAGGAGGAGGAGGAGGUAGUCUUCCUCCUCCAGGUGUGUCCGUUUCGAUCUCAUCGUCAGUACCCAUGUCGUAUCGGACCUCUUGGGCAGUAUCAAGGUGCUCAUCGGUUGCGUCCACGAGGCAUUGGCUCCCAGCAUCACCUGUCGUAGAGAUGGGCGAAUCUCGCGAGUCGAUAUCGCGCUCUCCCUCCGCUCAUCCCCCUCUCUUGGCUUCGUCUUCCAGGUCAGCUCCAGGAGGAUUGACGUCGGUCUCGAAUGCCCACGUGGGGGGAUCGCUCUCAUCAUCCGCGCGGGUAGGCAUAUCUCGCCGCCGAUGUCCACGUGGCAGCAGGGGGAUGGCGAUGGCCAACAUGGCAACGCCGUUGAGCCGCCCGGAUUCCGGUUGUGAACUGUCGACGAGGGGGAGAUUAGGCCGAUCGAGUCGAAGGAGAGGGGGUGGGUGGGUGGUGUGGGAAGAGGAGGAGGAGAGGGAGGAGGCAGAGGGUGUCCUCGGCCGAAGCUGGAGUCCAAUGCGGACGAAUGCAAUGAGCACAGGGUCGUCUUCAGCUUCAGGGGUCGGGGAGAUGGAGGAGGCUGAUACUGCCAUUGCGAGCAGGAGUAGCGAUGGCGGCGGCGGAGGUGAGAGUGUGGUAACAACGGAAGAGAAGGAGGAGGGAGGAGGAGGAGUAGGAGAGUUGGGAGAGGGCACUGUCGAUCAACUGUUUGAGGUGCGCACACUGAAAGAUCAAUUGGAGGUUGAAGCGGAGGUGGAAUUGGUGCAGCGAGAACUGAUUCUCGUCACAGUUGAGUACGAACAGAAGGUGAAAAAAAAGCUGAUUCUUUUUCGGGGAAUAAUUCAAGAUAUCCAGAGAAGGUUGCCCCAUUAUCUCAGCGAUUACACAGAUGGUCUGAAUCUGAAGACGGCAGCAGCUACUCUCUUCCUCUCGUUCGCUUGCUUGACGCCCUGCGUGGCCUUUGGAGGGUUGACAGCGAACUUGACGAAUGGAGCAAUUGGAGUGGUAGAGACGAUCGUGGGAACGGCAGCCUCAGGAAUUGCGUAUGCUAUCUUUGCUGGACAACCCCUCACCCUUCUGGGUCCCACUGGACUCAUCGUUGUCUUCAUAGGGCUUCUGAAUAAGGCAUGUAUGCAGUUGAGCUUGCCGUUUCUUCCGACAUAUUCGUGGGUAGGAAUAUGGUCAGCGGUUUUCCUGAUUGGUUUAGCUGCGACCGAAGCCUGCGAUCUGGUGCGGCUCUUCACAAGGUUUACGGAUGAUACUUUCUCUGCUCUUAUCUCGUUCCAAUUCAUUUCUGAAGCUAUGAAGAAUAUUACCACUCGUCUGGUGUGCGGUCCUCAGUACCCCCUCAGGAAAGGGCAAGGUUAUCAUCUCGAUCUGGCCGUCCUGGGAGUAAUUAUGGGAGUCUGUUCGUUGUUUGGCCUCCCAUGGAUGACUGCCUCGACAGUGCCAUCACUCAGUCACAUACGGAGCUUAGCAAUCACGAAGAAACUGAGGAUGAUGAAUCCAGGCAGCGGGCCAUCGUAUGUGGAGUAUAUUGAAGGAGUGCAAGAGACUCGAGUAACAGGCAUUGCUAUCCAUGUGUGUGUUGGCGCGUCCCUUCUGCUUCUGUCACUUCUGCGAUUAAUUCCAAUGCCGGUAACAUAUGGAGUGUUCCUCUACAUGGGAAUUUCAAGCUUGAGUGGCAAUCAGUUCAUAGAGAGACUGAAGCUGAUGUGGUGCGACCCAGAGAUGUAUCCUCAGUGGGACUUCAUUAAAUCCGUUCCGAAGAGUACCUUGCAUAUAUUCACGUGCCUUCAACUCUCUUGUCUUGCUGCGCUUUGGACUCUGAAGCAUAGCAAAUGGGGGAUCUUGUUUCCGAUGCUCAUUGUCGCUUUGCUGCCAAUCCGCAACUGGAUUGUGCCAAGAAUCGUUCCGCUGGAGCACUUGAGAGUCCUUGAUGCGCAUUGAUUGCAAGCAGACAGAAGAGCAAAAGAAUUGAUUCCGCUGGACGGAUCACUGGGACAUUUGAGAGUGCCCUUGAAUUGUGUCCCGCUGCGAAUAGUGUUCCGCUGGGAAUAGUGUCCCACUUGAGCACUAUUCGCCAUCAGGCCUGUGAGAAUCGAUCACCGAAGCAACGUUACCUUCUUCUCCUUUGCAAUGUCAUGAUGAUCGGCAGAGUCAUCGUGUUCCAUUUGGCGGUGGCGAAUGUAGAGUCGGCAAACGGCUCAAGCAGCUGGAGGCAACUAUCGUAGAUACGAUGACUGCCCGAUCAUAAGGUUUUUCACUCGUCUAAGGCUUUCCUCAAUGGUGAUUAUCAAUGAGAGGGUGUGUGGUAGGUCAGAAGGGUAGGGUUGAGUCACCGGGCGAUGCAUGCCGGUAUGUAGUCAUUGCAUGCAUCUAGUGAAGUUAGUUAGUUCUUCACCCAUCAUCGCCUUCGGGAUGUCCCAUCCACAAAUGGACAUGUCAACCACCUAUUUUUGUCUUCGCUGACACGGACGAGCCAGCUUGUCGAUGGGAGGAGGAGUCCCGUCAGUCACUCGUCACAUGCCAGCACGGACACGAGAACAUGUAACGUGUGCCACUAAAAUUCCGACAUCCAUGAUCCGUAUGAAAUCCCUGCGAAACUUUCGCCUUUUUUUAUCGCAUGAAAAAGAAGCUCUUGGAUAUUUAACUAGUCGGUGCGAACUUGCUGCCAAGCUGACAUAUAGAAAGAACUACCCUUCCCUUCGCAGAAGGUUUAGCAGUCCGUCUCCCCAAAGUUGUCUCUUACCGCUGGGCUAUUUGCAGGCAACCUCUAUGAUUUUUUUUUAUUUUUUAUUUUUUUUGUAGUAACUUCGCACCUUUUUUUCCUUUUUUCUUUUUUUUUCUUUUGUAUAUUAAGUCCAGGUUGUUGUAGAGGCUAGCCACCAGGCAUAUGACAGUCCCUUCCGCAGUUGGCCAUUUGCUCAUCCAGAUGAUUUUCUAUCCAGGUCCCCUAUGAGACGCCCUCCUACCCUUACUCAUCCAUUGUCAGCAAGCCAGGCCCUUAUAUAGUGUCCUGGAGUCCUGGACCUGUGGUUCCAUAUCCACGCUGGGGAGCAUCAGUCAUUUUCCUUUUCUGCCCCGGCAACUCAUGUAUUACAUCGUUGACGCCCUCGAAGGAUCCCUGACCAGCACAGCAGUGAUUUGAACCCCUAAGGGUUCUAUAUCCAUUCUGAGGAGCAUCAGUCCUUUUCCUUUUCCCCCCCGGCACGCCGUGUAUUACAUCAUUGACGCCCUCGAAGGACCCCUGACCAGCAGUGAUUUGAACCCCUAAGGGUUCUAUAUCCAUUCUGGGAAGCAUCAGUCCUUUUGCUUUUUUCCCCCGGCAAGUCGUGUAGCACAUCAUUGACACCCUCAUGCUUCUUUCCAUUCCUCGAAGGGCCCCCUACCAGCAGUGAUUUGAACCCCUAAGGGUUCUAUAUCCAUUCUGGAGAGCAUCCGUCCUGUUAAUUUCCCCCCGGCAAGUCAUGUAUGUAUUACAGCAUUGACACCCUCGCACUUUGUUCCGUUCGGUGGAAGGACCCCUGAUGCACAGCAUGACACAGCAUGGAUUUGAACCCCUAAGAAUCUUAGAACAUUCAAAUUCUUAGGUUCGGCACCACACUGAGGACGGAACGAUCCAAGAUUCGGGACAAUCAGCAGGAAACCAAAGUUUGUCGGAGGAUUAGCAGUCCGUAUCCGUCUCCCCUUCGCCAAAGCUGUAGCGAUCCGUUGUCGUAUCAUUUGCAAAGCAAGGUGUUGGAUUAUCAGGGUGUUUAUUUGGUCAUAUUUGUCGCGUACGAGGUCGUAGCCCUGGAAGCGAAUAUCACGAGUUUCAAAUCUCAUCGCCGCUCGUUGAGCACGAAUCAGCAGCCAGCAUUUCUGAACGCGCGACAUUUCAAUGGAAUCCUCUAGACUCUAGUCAUGCGUCAAAUUGUACCACCAGAAUUGUUUAGAAAGCUGAUGUAUCAGAGUCUUCUGACAUUCCCAUCCUUCGGGACAUCUGUUCUUUUUUUCUUCCCCCUCCCCCCCCCCUUCCUCGCCCAGGACAUCUGUUUAAAAUGGAACCAUGCAGAGAGAAUAUUACCAUGGCCCCUGUGCAAGGACGACUUGCAUAAAUCGAGAAAUGAUGUGUAUCGAGAUAACCAUAGGCACCCGUUGGCUGUAGAAUGACAUGAUUAGCCGUAACAUUAGCCGCUACUUCAGGUUGUUUUGCCGUCCACAUCAAUCGUAAAAAUAUUGUCACUACUUCAGAAGUUCAGAUUGUUUUGUCGUCCUCAUCAAUGGUAGAAAGAAUAUCUUACACAGUUGCGUAUUGUCAUUGGGUUGAUCCCACUCUUCUCAUCACAGUUCUCGACAUGCAUAGGGAGAUUGGCAUGCACAGAAUUGUGUGUGUGUGUGUGUGUGUGUGUGUGUGUGUGUGUGUGUGUGUGUGUGUGUGUAUUGGGGAGAGAGAGAGAGAGAGAGAGAGAGAGAGAGAGAGAGAGAGAGAGAGAGAGAGAGAGAGAGAGAGAGAGGUAUUGAGUUUGGUAAAGUCCUUGAGUGUGAUGAAUUAUGAGGUAGUGCGAAGUGGAGAGAAGUGUGAAUGUGGCGAGAGGCAGAGGCUCUCUAAACUGACAGGUGGUAGAACAGAACUUGCGGCUGCAGGCAUUGUGUGUGAUGCGGUGCCUUUAGCAAUAGGUGAUGUUUUUACAGUACAUUGGUGCAAUCAACUGGGUUUCACCGAUGGUUCGGAUAUCUGCCUGGAUUCGCAAAUGGAAGGAUAUAUAUGUUAUUAUGGGUCAAAAGAUAGAUGUAAAAGGGAGCAAGAAGCAUUGCCUGCACCUUUGUCUCUGGAAUCAUUCUUGCUUGUGGAUGAUGGAUGCCCAGUUUAGCUUAGUUGUGCUUCGCACUCUACCGGUAGUCUUGGUUCGCGCCGAUCGUCACCUGCACUGCAGAUGAGCAACACAGAUGCCUAGGAGGGUGUGAGUUUGCCGAUUUCUGGCUAUGUCGAGUGGAUGAUUCUGUGAGGGCUGGUGCUCUACUGCAUAGCUAUCUUCCUUCUCCAUCUUCUCCGCGCUUGUUGAUGGCGGAGGUGGAAGAUUUGUGACCUCUUCAAGAUAUGUUUCUUUGUCAAAUGCAUUACUUAUUGUAGCGUCUCUUGAAACCAUUUGAAUUC